GGGUAUGAUGGCGACAACAACCUCAUCGAGGUUAUCCUGUUCGUAAGGAAGUUGUCCGCCAUCGUCUCUAACAUGUGGUAGAUGCCGGCACGUGAUGUUGUUGGGGACGUCGUCAGGUUCCUAGUGUUGGCCCUGGCCGAAGAGCAUAUGGGUGCCAUGCACGGGAACGCGUCGUACGUGGCGCACAUGGAGCCCCCCUACGUGCGAGAGGUUACCUUCACGGGUUGGUCCAAACUUGGUUCCCGGAGGACGGCGUACGAUUGUGUGGCGCAGAUGGUAGACAGGAGCAGGGCAAUGCAUGGGCAUGAGCACAGCAGUGGAACGAACGCAUGCAACCAGAGACACCCUCCCAACAACGAAGACAGUUCAUGUUGUCUGUUGGCGUUUGUCAAUGUGUUUUGUGCAAUUGCCAUUCCUAGCAGUUUUGUCGGAGUCCUUAAUGACGAUGAUGAUGAUGAUGUGAUGGUGACGACGUUGAUGACGAUGAAAUCUGCAAUGACGAUGAAAUAUGUAAUGACGAAGAUGAUGAUGAUGAUGAAAUAUGUACCUUCGAUGAUGAUGAUAAAAUAUGUACCUUCGAUGAUGACGAUGAUGACGGUGAUGACGGUGAUGACGAUGAUGAUGGUGAUGAUGGUCACGAUGGUGUUUAUGUUUUUGACGAUGAAAUGUGUGAAGAUGAUGAUGAUGAUGAUGAUGAUUACGACAGUUGUGAUGCUGAUGACGGUGAUGACGAUAAUGACGAUGAUGACAUCGACGACGACGCAGGCGUUCAUGUUUAGGUAUUGGAUGACGACCUGCCGACGGUGAUGACGCUGGCGUCAUCAUCGUCGUCAUCGACAUCC